CCCAUAAGCCUGUCUCCUCCUCCUGCCUCCUGUCUCCAGACACCUGUCUCCUGCCUGCUGGCAUUCUUCGGCUUAGCUUUGAUGUUCCUUGUGUUAGGUUCUCCGGCUGUUUGGAAACUAGUUGCAGGCUCGAGUUGUCCUCCUUGCACCAGCCCAUGGGAUUGUCGUAGGAUCUGUGCAUUCGAUCGUCGCGUUUUAUAAAGCCGCCAUUUCAUCCGUCAGCUUCUCGCUGUCAAGCGACGCCGUUUACCAGCACAAGCUCGCCGUUUACUCGCCGUUUUAUCCAGUUCUAAUAGUCUAGUCCCACCAUCACCCAUCCGGCUCACGCAUUUUCAACGUGUUGUUCUACGACGUCCACUCGUAGUCAGCAGCCAUGAACCGUUCACUCGUGUUUCUCGCGUUGACGAUAGCAUCUCUGAGCUUCACGUCUCGAUCGCUCGCUGCGGACCUGACAUGGAGAGAAUCGCUGAAAGGCUUCGGCUCUUUCUUGAAGGCCCUGGAGUCUUCAGGAGCGGCGAAGCUGAUCGACUCAUAUGUCACCUCUCCCUUCGGCGCACGCACGGGGGUCACUUUCCUCUCGCCGACCGACGAUGCGUUCGCGGCGAUGCCGGCGCAAGACGCGGAGAUGCUGCGCACGAUGCCGUGGGCCAUGGCGAGCCAGCUGCUCUUCCACGUCAUCAAGAAGCGGCUGACACACGCCGAGCUGCGAUUGGCUGUUCCUGAAACAAAGUUCGCCACUCUCUCCAACAUCGCUCUGGUCAAGGUGUACGCGCCCAUCCUCGAAUUUGGACCGGCAGGGUCGCCGUACGGGCCGCAGUCGACUCAAAACGAAUUUGGACCGGCAGAGUCGCCGUACGGGCCGCAGGUGUCGCGCGCCAACGCGUACGUGGGCGACAGCAUCGCAGUGCACGGCAUCACGGAUGUGAUGGACCCGGGCCUCUACUCGCGCCAGCUCAUCCGCCCUCUCGCGCAAGUAAAAGCGGUCUCUGCAGACCCUGCUCUGGCUAAGGCGCGCGCUCACAGUGGGCAAGUGGCAUGUGCGUCCAUGCUGGCCGCCCUGCAUAAGAAGAGGCUCUCGCGAUUCACCGGCGUGCUUCAGCAAGCGGAGCUCCAGGAGUAUCUGUGUCGCAAGCUAGAGUCUCAGGAGCUCACGCUGAUGGUGCCGUCCAACGAUGCGUGGGAUAACCUGCCGCCUGCUGUUGCUGAUGCCAUAGCUAAGAACCCGCAACACAUUAUCCAGGUGCUACUGUUCCAUAUUGUUGAGACGAGAGUUUCUGCAGAUGACUUCCGCAGCUCGUCCCCUGGUGAUCAGUUCCCAACAGCUAUAAGCCACCCUCUUGUUCGUCUCGUUGCUCCCGGAGUGCAAUUUGGUAGUGAAGGUUCAACCGAGGGAGCCCGCCUAGUAGCAGUGGACGUUUUUACGAACGAGUUUGUGGUGGUGCAUGUAGUGGAUGAGGUGAUGAUGCCACCAAGGAAGAAGGCCAAUAGCUAAUCAGGGCUAUUUGUGCUUAAUGAUAAUAAGGUGGUUUCCUUUUUUUCCCAAUCAAGUCUUAUGUAAGACACAAUAGGGGGAGGCCAACUUUGUGCUGGCUCCAAUUAUAAGCUGUUCAAUGUAUCUUAUGCACAGAGAUUCCGCACCAUUGUGACGGGAUAUGGGUGCUCACCUUGUUUUGCCAGCAGGAU